AUGGUGUGCAGAAGGAGCAGGUGAAGGCAACAGAUCUCUCUGACAUUGUCCCCGACACCGAGUCGGAGACCAAAGUCAGCAUCCAAGGCAACCCUGUGUCCAUACUGGUGGAGAAGGCCGUCGACGGGGCCAAGCUGAAGGACCUGAUCAGGGCUCCCUCAGGCUGUGGAGAGCAGAUCAUGAUCGGCAUGACACCCACGGUCAUUUCCACCCACUACCUGGACACCACCAUGCAGUGGGAGAGCCUCGGCCUCGACCGCAGGGCCGAGGCCAUCGAGCUGAUCAGGAAGGGUUACACCCAAGUACUCGCCUACCGGAAACCUGACAAGUCCUUCGCUGCCUUCUUAAAUCGUGCCUCGAGCACCUGGUUGACAGCCUACGUGUCAAAAGUCUUAUCCAUGGCCUUCAAGCUGAUCGACGUCGACCCCGAGGUGGUCUGCGGUGCCGUGAAGUGGCUCAUCCUCAACAAGCAGAAGCCAGAUGGGAUGUUCCAAGAGGAUGGUCCUGUCAUCCACGGGGAGAUGGUGGGAGGUUAUGCAGGAGCCGAGCCUGACGUGUCGCUCACAGCCUUCGUCCUCAUCGCGCUGGAGGAGGCCAAGGACAUCUGCAGGGGCCGUGUCAACAGCUUGGACAGAAGCAUUGACAAAGCUUCUGGGUACCUCAUCCUACGCUACGAGCGCCUGGCACGGCCGUACACGGUGGCCUUGACCUCCUAUGCCUUGGCCUUGACUGGAAAACUCAACAGCGAGAAGGUCCUCAUGAAGGUCUCCAAAGAGGGAAGGAGCUGGGAGGAACGCAACGCUCAGACCUACAACAUCGAGGGCACGUCCUACGCGCUGCUGGCUCUGCUGCAGAUGAAGAAGUCGGAGCUGACGGGGCCUGUGGCUCGGUGGCUUGCCCAGCAGAAUAUCUUCGGUGGGACCUAUGGAUCCACUCAG